AUGGAUCCAAAUAUAAUUUUAAAUUCUAACGAUAAUGACUCCUCAGAAUAUUCAGCAGUUAAUAAUAGUCAAUUAACGUUAGUUUCUUCCGCAACAAUUACGAAUUCCAUUAACAGAAAGAAACACGGAAAAUGUACAAAAUGCGGAAAAAGAAGAAGAUGUAUGGUAGAAAAUCCCAACAUUUGCCAAUUUUGCUAUCUAGGAGUCAGUAGUGGUAUCAAACAUGUAGACGAUUUUAUUAAAGGGACAUUAGUAAAUAGAAUAAAAUUACAAUGGAUUCCUUUUAGAGAUCUUAAAAUAACAAAAAAAAUAGGUCAAGGAGGAUUCAGUAAAGUAUUUAAAGCAACAUGGAAGAGUAGAAAAAUAGUUUAUAAAGAAAAGGGUGUAGAAAAAGUAACUGAAAUAAUUGUUGCAUUGAAAAUUCUUAAUGACUCGAGUGAAGCUGAUCUGGAAUUUUUAAGAGAGCGCCCAACAAUCGAGAAUCUGUUUGAUCAGUUAUAUGUCAAAUACACGCCUAACUAUAGCGAUGUUAAAAAAGAAAAUGAAUUAAUGGUUGAAAAGGCAGAGGAAAAACGCAAGCAGAUGAUCGAAUUAGGAAUUCCUUUUGUAAAAGACUCCGGGAAAGAACACUCUAAUGCCAACUAUACUAGUAGUUUAUUAACCCCAUUGAUAACAACGAUUAAAUCUCGCAUGAGUUCAUUCGAUUCAAGUGGUGGUGAUAUCACUUUUGAUUUUGAAGGCGUGAGAGUCAAAUCCGAGAUUAUUUCCAAAAAACACGAUAGAGAUGAGUGGCAACAGUCAUUGCAAAUAAAAGAGGAGAAUAAUAGUAAAAAAAUUUGUACAAGGGAAUAG